UCUGCCGUCAUCAGUGAAAGACAAAGACAGAGUUUACUGAAGGACAGUGAGAAGAUGAGUGAUCCAGAACCCUGCAGAAUUAAACAGGAAGAGACUGAAGAACUAAUAGGUGUGAGGGUGAAGGAGGAGAGUGAAGAACUGAGUGAGGAUGAGGAGAAACAUCAAAUCAAAAGUGAAAAUGAAACUCACACAAACGGCGAACAGAGUGAUCCAAUGAACACAAAAGCCGUGAAAAAAUUCACCUGCACUCAGUGUGGAAAGAGUUUCGGCUACAAAACCACUUACCAGCAUCACUUGAAGAUCCACACGGGAGAGAAGCCGUACGAGUGUUCAUACUGCGACAUGAGAUUCAUUCGGCCUUCAGAUCUGAAAACCCAUGAGAGGACUCACACUGGAGAGAAACCCUAUCAGUGCACGUUUUGCGGGAAGAGAUUCUCACGAUUGUAUUCUCUACAAUUACACCUUCAGAAAAAAAAAAUGCUGGUGAAGGAGAGUCAACCCAUGAGACUCCCCGAAAGUGUUGAGCCAAAGAAGUUAUUUUCAUGCUUUGUGUGUGGAAAAACGUUUGCCUAUCAACAAAAUUUACUGAAACACGAGACCACUCACAACGGAGAGGAGGAGUGCUCACACUGCAACAAGACAUUUAGUACAUUAAGUGGCCUGAAAAGUCACGAGAAGACCCACACUGGUGAAAAAAAGCAUGUGUGCUCGGAGUGUGGGAAGAGUUUCACUAGAGCCACACACUUGGAGCAACACAUGAGGAUUCACACUGGAGAGAAGCCGUACAAGUGUUCACACUGCGACAAGAGAUUCAAUCAUUCAGGACAUCAGAGAACACAUGAGAAGACUCAUACUAAAAAAGGAGAGGUUUCCUCCCCGUAAUAAACACAUGAAGAUCCACAUUGGAGAGAAAACACACAUGUGAUCAAUGCAGCAAAACAUUUUUGAGUGCUCCACAUCUGAAGAGCCGUCUUAGAGUGUGACCUUUGGUUGGACGGUGCUACAAAAAGGAGGACGUUUUACAUUUAGUCAUUUAGCAAACACUUUUGUCCUAAGCGACUUACAAUUGAGGAGGCAUUCAGUGAUUCAACAAGAAAAGGCGACACACACAAGAUGUCCUAAUUAUACAAAGCUCCAAUCACACUGCACUUUUCACCCCAUAGAUAUCUAUUCACACGCACGCAAAUGCAACAGACAGGAAAUGUAAACCUGUGUAUCAAGUUUCACAGUUCGCUGCAUUGGAAGGUUCAAGCUUUGUGAACUCAAACCUGCAAAAUCACAAGGUCAUGACCUCAACACAUGACCUCUCUAGACGGAAAUUAUAAAUAUGGACCAAGCGCUCACUUUUUUAAUGUGUAAUCAUCGUGUUUUAUUCGGCCCCUUUUCUCAGUGCCGUACACAGGGCUUAAUUUGUGUCGAAACAAGCCGGAUCCAGAACUUCUGAAAUCCGGCACCUCAUUUUACAGAUCACACGCAUCCCCGCUCUUUACUUUCUUUCACGAGUUCCCAACCCUCUUCACUUUCAUCCGCUACACAACUGCUCAGCCCCGCUCUUCACUUUCAUCCACAACAACACCCUCCCCCACUCUUUACUUUCGUCUGUCACAACACCCUCCCCUACUCUUUACUUUCGUCUGUCACAACACCCUCCCCCGCUCUUCACUUUCGUCUGUCACAACACCC